AUGUGGCCCUUGCAAGAGGAACGCCACUAUUCUUACGAGUGUAAAGCGACUACUCAGGAGCGUCCGUACGUGUCGCGUCCAUCGCGGUCUCAGCAGCUUCGGAACCCGAAGCUCGUGCCUAAGCUUACAAAUGAGACGCUGAACCCUCUAGAGAAGAAGAAGGGUGUUGCAGAUGAGGAGCUGUCUAAGGCGGAAAACGAACGCGCGCGUAAGCGUGAACGUGAGGAGAGGGAUGAUGAAUUGAUCGAGUCAACUGCGAAACGCCACAGAUCGGUGUCUUCGCAUUCCGUUUCUACCAUCUCAACAGGCGCUUCGAGGUCUCCGUCGCCCGGCAAAGGCGGGGCUAAAUCUCCUCUCCGUGCGCAACGAGGACGAAGCCCUUACUCCGACAACUCACGAGCUGGUGGUCAAGAUGACAGCCGAAGCCAGAGUCGCAGCGUUAGCCCAAGCCGUAGCCGAAGCUCUCGCGUUGAAACUCGACGCAGAAGAUCUUUGCCUGGCGACAGUCGUUCCCCUGAAGAUGACGGCCGGCGUGGCCAGUACAGAGCCCGUGACCCUCUGCCUCCGUCUAAUGGAGGCGAGACUUUGGGACAGUCGAAGGGGCAUUUGUCCGAAUUUCAAGAUCCAGAUGGACCUCAGCGUCAGCGUCACGCGGACUCAAGGUCGCCUGAACCUAGAGAGAGACGUGAUCGGCAGGCUCGUGAAAGACCGCCUCAGGGGAGAUUCAAUGACCAGACACAUGGACGUGGAGGGCCACCUCCUGAACGCCAACCACGAGAGCGAAGCUUGAGUCCUUUUAGCCAACGAUUAGCCAUGACAAAGGCUAUGAAGCAAGGUGGAAGAUGA